GCCAUCUACGCUACACUAUGUCCACCCGGGCAUAUAAUGAAAUGGCAUAUAAUGAAAUGUAAAUCCGGCUUGCUUGGUCGUCGCAGUCUAACCACCUGGGGAAUGUCCGCUUCACUGGCCGUCCUAGCUAACAACCUAAUAACCUAAUAGGCUAACAUCAAUCAAUCAUCUCUCAAGGAGCGCUGGCCUUGGAAAGAGACCUAGUUUCGAUCCGAGCAAAUGGUAUCGCAUCGGAUAGUUCCCGUCGGACAAGUAUAAGAUGGAAAAGAAGAAAAAAAACCCCCCUACGAUUUGAAAUGAGGUUCGUAGAAAAGUGCAGAAGAAAUUUGUUUGAAUUUAUCGGUGCCCAGCUUUUGCCCGACUUGCUUUGCUGCUUGCCCAGCAACCAAGGCCAAAGCGUAUCAACGAACCAACCAGUAUGAUCACGACCCCAUGUCAAUAUCAAUGGGGACUUGAAUAUGGAUUCACGACCCCUCAGCCCUCAACCGGCAUCAAUUUACAACUUGAGAUAUCACCUUUUUCCCUUUGAAAAAACAUCUGAUAAUAUAUGCAAUGCAGGAAAUUACAUUCGAGCUUCUGUAGCCAUCCGGGGGUCUACUAUUAAGGUUGAAUGCAAGAUUGAUCAUUCUAGAUAUCUCUUCAUGUUUCAACUUGGCUCCUAUACGCGGAAUACACUGCAUAUAAUGGCUAAAGGUCUCACAUAUACCCCCUUACUACGUAGCACAGCAGCUCACCCCUUUUCUGUCUUUCUCUCUCUCUCUUUUUUUUCUUCCUUUUUGAACCUUCUAGACUUACAUACAUAUACGCCGCUAUAUGUCGAAUCUAUUAUAUCAAGGGCGCUGUUUUCCUUGUUCUUCAGCUUUUAUUUACUUGCAUUAUGUUUACAAAUUUCUUCAAUAGGUCACCUCCUUGUACGCCGGACAUUACACUUUGCUUUAUUAUCAGGGUUAUCCUUCGCAGUUAAUUAUCAGUUUUAAAGCGCCGCGCCGCCAGCCCCCAAGAGCCAUAGCGCCAUUCUCUCCAGGGUCUCUGGGCGAGCUUAGCAGUUAGCAGUUAGCAGCUUAGCAGCUUAGCUAAUAAAGUCCCACGUAAAUUUUGC